GUUUUUUUUUUACCCCCAGCUAUUUUUUUCUUUCGUUUAGAUAUCGACGAAUGUACUACAAAUGUGCACAACUGCGACUCAUUGGCUGUUUGUAACAACACUGUUGGAUCUUUUUAUUGUACAUGCAUUGCAGGGUAUGAAGGAAACGGUACAGCUUGUAUAGGUGAGAGAUGUUUCUAUGUUCUCUAUGGCAAUGCACUGCUAGGUUUAAGGACGCGAUUUUUUAUGAGUUGAAAGCAACUGAUAAAGAGUUUCAUUGGUGAAACCUGAAACAAUGAAACUACUCGAAAUUUCUGCUCGUUUCUAUGAUUCUAUAGAUAUCGACGAAUGUGCAAUAUCAGCUCAUAACUGUCAUGGAGUUGCUUACUGUUUUAACACUCCGGGAUCAUUCAGCUGUGAGUGCCGAAAAAGCUACAUUGGUGAUGGGAUAUCAUGUGAGCCCUUUGGUAAGAAUGAUGUCAAAUUACAGUGA